AUCGUAGCAGCGCGGCAGAUCAACCAAUCUCGGGGCCAACUCUCCGGUAGGCCAGGCUCAUCGUUGCAUCGAGUCGAGAGGAGGCCUGCUGGACCCCGGGACCGCUAAGAAUUGCAAGCUGUUAAGCGGGCCAGCGUUCACUCCGAUAGGACAACGUCGGGCAACACACAUUGGGCGGUCCAAGGCGACCGGUACGUCCAGUCAUCCGACAUUUUGAUCGUUGUUGCGGGACGUACACAGCAAGACGUAAAGGUGUGGAAUAUACUUCUUCGGAGGAUAAAUUCUGAGCGCCAGCCUUAACCAGCUCGGUGUCCACGGGAGAAAGGGAGCGUUUGGCCGCCCAGCGUCCUCGAGGCGUCCAGCGCGCCUCAACGCGGAGGUUCCACUGUUACCGCGCAGCAUCAGUCGAAACACCAACGUACAACGACAUCAUCCAGCUUCACGGUAGUACCAACAGCUCGAGCAACAUCAGAAAGUACACCAGGCUCCACUAUGUCAUACCGCUACACUUCGAGCUCGUAUAAAUACAGCAGCACUGGAGAGGAGGAUUCGAGCUCCGUGCGGCGCUCAUCGUUCCGUAGUAGAGCUAGCAUCGACGAUGAAAACCUCAUGUCAUCCGUGAGCCGUUCUACCCGGAUAACUCGAACACUUAUCAGUGGCUCUGAUGAACCUGCGACUACCACCUCAACGAUAUCGACGACACGUCGUCGCUUGACGUCUGAUGACGAUGACUUUGGUCUAUCACGCAGGAGCUUCGAUGAUGACUCGAUAUCGCGCUUCUCGCGUCAACUGGCUGAAGAAGCCUCAGACGAAGCUUUUUCAUCAAAGCGAACAAAGGUGGAAAUGGAGGGUGGAAUAACAGGUUAUUCUACGCGAUCGAGCAAGAUAACGCAUAUCGACUCCGGUGAGGUGAAAUCGUUUGAGACUUCAUCGAAACAAUCGUAUUCAUCGACGUUUGGAAGCGAGGGCGGAGAUCUCCAAAUGCUCGAAGACUCCUCCCCUGUGGGUUCGAUCUACGUGACGAUACUCGACUAUAAACCUCUUACUACCGACGAAGAUGGAUUAGUGCUCAAAGAAGGCGAUGAGGUCAAAGUUCUCGAAACCGGAAAACCUCGCAAGUGGAAGGUCUUCAAGAUGUCCACUGGUCAGUCGGGCUGGGUCGGCUCCUACUGUUUGGAGAAAACAGCAGGCGCUGUCGCCACAACCGAACGUGUUACGUCUAUGCAGGAAAAGAAGAUCAGUGAAGUUUAUCUAACUCGAAAGGAAACAUUAGUGAAGGAGCUGGUUGAGACAGAAGAGGACUUUGCCCGAGAUAUGCUCUAUGUUGUUAACAACUACAUGAAAGAAAUGGACAAUCCCGCAAUGCCCAAGAGACUUCGCGAGUUUAAAGACCAACUGUUCUGUAAUUUCAAGGAUAUCUGCGACUUCCACAACGACCAAUUAAUUACUGGAAUAAAGUUCAACGCUCGCGAGCCAACGAAGCUGGGUACGACGUUGCUUCGAAUGGAGCGCGACUUUGACAAACAUGUUAAAUAUGUCGAGCAAGAGCAUAAGGCACAGCAGCUCCUUAAGGACGAACCCGAGCUGCGUGAAUAUCUGGAAAGGUUCUCGAAAAAAAUUGGAGAUGAGAAGACCAUUCAGGAACAUCUCAAGCUGCCAUUGCAGCGCAUCAACGAUUACCAAUUGAUUCUUAAGGAGUUGAUUAAGUGCAACGCGAAAGCCGGCGAGGACUUUAACGAUUUGCAGAGGGCGCUUGACUUCAUGCAAGCGAUCCCUCAGCGGUCAGUCGACCUCGACUACAUUAACAGGAUGGAAGGAUAUUCAGGGAACAUUCAGAAAUUCGGAAGAAUACUUAAGGAGGGCAAGGUGCUCGUCACGGACUUGAAGGGUCGCAUUCAGGAGCGACAUGCCUUCCUUUUCCGUGGGGGUCGGCUAUGUCUUACUGAGGUGCAGUUCCGCGGCGUCAGCCAGAAGGAAAUCUACAUCAUGAAGAGCAUCAUCAAGACAACGGGGACAACAGUAAGCGAAGAAGCUGGAAACCUGAAGCUGACGUCAACAUCUGAGGGUCCAAUCAUUAUGAAGGUCGACGACAAGGAAGAGUGGUCCAAACAGCUCCAAGCGUCCACUGUUAAAUCUGAAGUCGUGGAGAAAAUGACCGCUGAUGAGGAGCUACGUGUCAAGGAGGAAGAAGUGUCGACCCGGAUCGAGAUUACACAGGAAGACGACGCCAAUCGAACAACGACAACCGGAGGUACGGAGUCUCUCCGCAGUGGGUCAAUCACAUCCGUCGAUGACGAAUUGCUCUCUGUGGCUUCCAACCUCGAGUUAGACGCUGAUAUUGUUGUUUCUACCGCAGUGUCGGACCUCGAGCCUCGGGGUACGAGUCCAACGAGCGGGGAAAAGCCCAAGUUCGUGCAGACACUUCGAGGAAUAUCGACACAUCGAAACGACACAGCCACGUUAGAGUGUAUAAUUGAGUCGGAGCCAGCUCCGCAGCUCAAAUGGCUUAAGAACAACGUUCCCGUCCGCAAGGGCCCAAGGAUCACCCAGUUCAGCGACUCAAAAACCGGUCGCCAUUCACUGACAAUUUCCAAUGCGCAGCCCGAGGAUGCGGCAAUGUACACGAUUGUCGCCUCUAACCCCUCGGGGACAACUUCCUGUUCGGCCCCGUUCAAUGUCAGGACUGCUUCUGGCCGACCUGACUCGAGGCCUACAAGCCCCGGCGGAACAGAGUUACCUUUUGCACCCGUAUUCAAGGUAAAACUCAAGGACACGGAAUUGCUUGAGGGUACCUCAGUCCGCUUUGAGCUUGUAGUGCACGGAUUCCCGACACCCGAGGUCGCUUUUUAUAAGGAUGGCGAGCCACUUCAGAUGGACGACCGCAUUCGGGUGCAUUAUGAAAACAAGGAGGUUUUUGAAUUGAUCAUAGACCACGUCACCGAACAGGACUCCGCUGUCUAUUCAUGCGUUGCCAUGAAUUCUGAGGGUUGCGACUCUACGGCGGGAUGUAUCACAGUGACAAAAAGCAAAGUGCUCUUCCAAGGCCUGACGGAGGACGGGAACGCUGGAGAUAAGUCAACUACACCACAACCAACGGUGUCGCCUGCAUUCACAUGGUUCAAAGAUGGCAAAGAAUUCGAAGCGUCGGAGAGAUUCCAGGUGGCGUUUAACGAUGAUGAAGACACGCUAGCAUUAGUGUUUCAACAUGUCAAACCCGAGGACGCCGGCAUUUAUACGUGCGUCGCAUCGACGUACAGUGGCAAAAUCUCUUGCUCUGCUGAACUCACCGUUCAAGGUGCGGUGAACUACAAAGAGCCGUCAGCCCCAACGAUUGAGGCAAACAUCGAAGACGUUGAAGUCAGUGAGGGAGCAUCAGCGAUGCUCGAACUCAAAAUUACUGGCUGGCCGAAACCGAGAAUUGUAUGGACGAAAGGAGAAAAACUUAUCGAGAGCGGUUAUGGCGGGAAGUAUAAGUUUUUGUUCGAGGAUGACGAAAGUAUGACCCUUGUCAUUCGAAGCGUCACUAAAGAAGACGCCGGCAAAUAUGACAUAGUUGCUGAAAAUGAGCUCGGCUCAGCGUCUACUCACUGCAAUCUGCACGUGAAAUGCCCACCAAAAUUCAAAAAAGAACUAAAGGACGCAUCGGUAAUGACAGAGACGCCACUCAAGCUAGACGUGGAAGUCGAAGGUCUGCCGGAGCCAGACGUCAAAUGGUAUAAGGAUGGCCAACAAGUGUUUAACACGGAAAGAGUAAAGCUCGUACAUCAGGUGGACUCAGCAAGCUACGCCCUUGUCGUAGACAAAGCAAAGGUCGAUGAUGCUGGUAGCUACACCUGCGUUAUUUCGAAUCCGCUUGGAAGUCAAAGUGGGCACGCCGCAGUAACUGUUAAUUCCGCUCCCAAAAUAAUCAAAAAGCUCGAGUCAUAUGAAGCCACUAUCACCGAAACGGUUAAACUUUCAACGAAAAUUGCUGGUGUGCCAAAGCCUAAAGUCGAAUGGCUGAAGAAUGGACAAGCGGUGCUUAUCGAUGGGAAGAAAUACGUUGCCAGUGAAGAUGAGACGAACGUUUUCAGUCUAACGAUUGACUGUUGCGGUCCAGACGAUGUAGGAAGUUACACUGUCGUGGUUACCAAUGAUUACGGCAAAGCUGAGGAUUCUGCCCAGCUGACUAUCAAAAUCAAGCCCAAAUUCACGAGGGGUUUAAAAGAAAAGGAACUGGUCGAGAGUGAGGUGGACAUCGAGCUCACCGUAGUGGUUGAGGCACAGCCUGAGCCGACGGUACAGUGGUGGCACGAUGGCGUGCUCAUCAAGGAUUCGAAUUUGUACGUCACGAAAGCGAUGACGGAAAAUGGACAAUAUACGCUUGUCAUCAAGCAAGCCGUAGCCGAGGCCGGAGGCACGAUAAAGUGCACCGCCGAAAACAAGCACGGGAAGGCUAACACCGAAGCCAAAGUGACCGUCAACGCCAAACCGAAAAUCACUGAGGGUUUGAAAAAUCAGUCGGUGGUUACGGGCGCUGACGCUACGUUCACAAUCAAGUACGCUGGUGCUCCGAAGCCGGAGGCAACUUGGAUGAAAGACGGUGCAGAGAUCAAAGUGGAUGGCAGUCACUACCGUGUUUCCGAGGCGGAAGCUCAAUAUACUCUUGUCAUUAAAGAUUGCAAAGACGACGAUAAGGGUCUAUACAAGGCUGUCAUUGAAAACAAAUAUGGAAGGGACGAAUCGUCUGCUGAGCUGAAAGUUGUCGUCACAAUGUGCGACGAAGUUCCGCCUAUAUUUGUUCGAGAACUGGAGAACGUUUCGGUGAACGAAUCCGAACGUGCUGAAUUUAUCGCCGAAUGCAAAAGUUUACCAGAAGCCAACGUUCGGUGGAAGCGCGGCGAGAUGGUGGUGGCGGACCACGCACGCUACGAAGUCUCUUCUGACGGAGGAGUGCAUAAAUUGGUCAUUAAAGAGGCCACCGAGGAGGAUGUGGGCAUCUACUCCAUUGAAGCCAGCAACCCGGCAGGCAGCGCUCAUUCUGAGGCAAAACUCACGGUAUAUGCCCCUCCAAAGUUCAUCGACAGUCUGAAAGACAUCUUCGCUGUUGAAGGUGAAAGUGUGUCGUUCUCUGUUGUCGUCGCUGGCAGUCCCGACCCCGAGAUUCUCUGGAAACAUAACGAGGAAGCUGUACAGAUUAGCUCCGAGAUUCAGGGGCGAGAAAAUGGUCAGGUGAAAGUUCUUAUAAUCGACGGAGUAACUAAGGAUCAUAUCGGAAACUACGUCUGUGUCGCUAAGAAUCCUUAUGGCCAAUCUUCUUCACAGGCGACUCUCACAAUUCAAGAUAAGCCCCGGUUCUUGCAAAAGCCUGAAAAUGCGAUUCUUCGAAAACGGGAGAAUGCCAUCUUCCGAGCAAAAAUUACGGGUUAUCCCGAACCGGCCGUCACCUGGAGUAAAAGCGGCGUCGAGGUCAACUCCGACGACAAAAUUUUACUGACCGCGGUCGAUGGCAUAUACAGUCUAAAUAUUCAGGACCUUGGAGACGACGAUGUAGCUAGUUAUACCUGCUCGGCUAAAAAUGAGCAUGGCGAAGUUAGCGAAUCUGCCGAUCUCACUCUGAUAGCGUCCAGCGAGUCUAGCGAAAAAGCCGCUCCGAGCUUCCUUCGAAAACCACAGGACGUUGUCACGAUGGAGGGUGAAGACGUCCGAAUCUAUGCCCGUGUGAUAGGCCAGCCCGAACCCGAGGUGCGGUGGGUCAAAACUGUCAAAGAUUUGGGCAGUUCACUGAAGAUCGACAACGAGCGUUGCCAACAAGAUGGCGAUAUGUUUACUCUAUUCAUCAACAAAUGCUCUCGAGACGACGAGGCCUCGUACACCUGCGUCGCCACAAACCCUCAGGGAAGCGUGCAGGAAAGUGCCUCGUUAACAAUACUGUUGCCCCAGGCACCAACUAUCGAACACAUUGAAGAUCAAAAGUGCUGCAUCGGCGAGCGCGUUAGGUUUUCCGUCAUCGUGCAAGGGGUGCCCACACCCUCCGUUAAAUGGUUUCGCAACGAUUCGACUGUCGAAGAGACGGAUAAUGUAACGAUAGCGUCUUUCGACAAAGCGCACUCCCUAACAAUUAAAGAAGUAACGAUCCUUGAUUUUGCUAUGUACACGAUCCAUGCAGAAAAUUCAGCCGGCGAAGCUAACGCCAGCGCUGUUCUUCUCGAGAAGGUUAUAGCAAAACCACUACGGACGGGUGUUUCACUGGAACAGCUUUCGCCACUAGAAGUUCAGCCAGGCGAGUCUAUCGUCUUAAAAACCAAAGUAUCUAUUAACGACGAUGGAUCUCUGCCAGAAAUAAAGUGGUUCAAAAAUGACGAACCAAUUACGUCAAACCGGGUAGAAAUUGAAGCACAUCCCGAUGGAUCCAUCCUAUUGAAGGUUGCGUUCAGUGAAGCCAACGACGAAGGCGUCUACACUGUAAAAGCCAGGAACGAGCAUGGGGUUGCUGAAGCGAGUGCGCCGGUUAAAGUAUUUAGUACGUGCACUAAGGUUAUUAAACCACCGACGUUUGCUCAGGGCCUGAAGCCAAGCAAGUUCGUUGAAGGUGGGGUGGGCAGACUAGAUGCUAAACUGAACCCCAACGACGACGGAUCAAUGCCAGAUGUAGAGUGGCUAAAGAAUGGCAAUCCUCUUACCGAAGCUGACGGUGUGAGAUUCAUUAAAAAUCCUGAUGGCACCGUAGCGUUGGAAAUCCCGAAAUGCAAGCCGGAAGACGCCGGUAAAUAUACUUUGCGCGUCAAAAAUCCGGAUGGUGGUAUAGCCGAAAGCUCUGCCCCAGUAGAGGUGUCACGUAACGUUCCUGUCUUCGAAAUACAGCUCAAAGGUCUCAAUUUAACUGAGGGUGAUGAACUCAAGCUUGUAUGCAAGGUCAAUUCAGAUACGGCCAUCACGGCCAAGUGGUUCAGGGAUGGUGUAGAAGUGGCCCCAGAUCCUUUGGUUGCAACGAAAAUCGAACCCGAUGGAAGCGUGUUGCUCACAAUUGCCAGCUGCAUCCCUGGCGAUGCAGGAAAAUAUCGCUGUGAGGUAACUAACCAAACCGGUACCUCAUCUAGCGAAGCGAAUGUUUCUGUAAAGGCGCUCAAACGCGAAAAGCCCAUCAUUAUCGAUGGCCUUAAAGCGACCGCCUUCGAUGAGGACAAGCCAGGCAAAGUCGAAGCCAAGGUAGGUGGUUUCCCAAAACCGGAUGUCCAUUGGCUCAAGGAUGGCAAGCCUAUAACUGAUCCGCGCAUCAAAAUUGAAACGAAGCCAGAUGGCACAACAAUACUGGCCAUUGAUAAAGUGAAACCAGAAGAUGCUGGCGAAUACUCGAUUGUGGCCAAGAACGACCAGGGAGAAAACAAGUCUUCAGCACCGGUUACCGUAAAUAAAAAACCAUCAUUCCUCAAACCGCUGGAAGCAUGUACGGUUCAUACUAGCGAGACUGCCAAACUCACCUCUAAGGUGGUCGGCUUGCCGAAGCCCAAAAUUGAGUGGCUUAAGGAUGGUAAGCCAAUUAAACCUGACGGAAAUCGUAUUGUGGCUGCCGAAGACGACGAGGGUAACUGCAACUUGACGAUCAAAGACGCGACACCAGCAGACGCUGGCAACUAUGCCAUUAAGGCCACGAACCCAUCGGGCGAGAUGAAAUCCGAGGUGCCAGUAGAGAUCAUCGACGAUAAAGCGCCCACGUUUCUCUCCCCAUUGAAAGAUCAGAACGUUCCAGAGGGUGGAAAGCUGGUAUUAGAGGCCAGGGUCACGGGCAGUACCGCGCUGAAGAUCAAAUGGUUCCAUAAAGGUAAGCCGAUCACCGAGGCUGAUGACGCUAGUACCUCAUUCAAUGGAGAAACGGCUCGCCUUGAGAUCCCCAAGACAGCCAUGGCUCAUGCUGGAGAAUACGAAUGUAAGCUUCUAAGCCCUGCAGGCGAAAAGUCAUCAAAAGCUAACGUGAAGGUACUUCGACCUCCCAAGUUUAUCAAACCGCUGCUAGAUACCGACGUGCCACUGAGCAUGCCCUUGGUGCUCGAAUGCGAGGUCCUCUGUGACGAUGAGCCAGAAGUCGCUUGGACUUUCAGAGGUGCACCGAUACACGAUGGCUCCAAGUACACCAUUACAAAGAUCAAUGGCAGGUGCAAAUUGUUUAUAGCUAAUCCGAGCAUAAACGAUUGCGGUGAGUAUCAGUGUUCUGCCAAAAAUGCAGCUGGACAGGAUUCUACCGCCUGCAAAGGAACUAUCAAGGAGCCUGCGGCCGCCGCCGACAGCGGCGAACCACCUUCGUUCCUUAAGAAAUUGACCGACCAGGAAGUUACCGUUGGUUCAACCGCUAAACUUAUUGCCUGUAUAGCUGGCAAACCGGAACCUGACGUCGAAUGGUACAAAGACGGAAGUAACGUGGCGCUAACGGAUAGACACAGCUUUGAGCGUGACCGUAACGGCAUUAUUCGACUCGUCAUUCAGAAUCUCACUGAGCGCGAUUUUGGGGAGUAUCGCUGCGAGAUCUCCAAUCCGCACGGAAAGGCCGACUGCUCUUGCAAGCUCAGCGAAGACUCUACCGAUUUCAAGCACCUGAAGAAGGAUAACGAAAAGCCAGCUUGGAAGAAACUCAACUACCAACUCUCGGAGAAGCCAAAACCGGGCCUGAAAAAGCCUGUCGAGAGCAACGUUUCAGAUGACGACGACGAACACAGUGAUACUGACGAUUUCGGUUUCGAGAGGCCAACAUUCGACGGAGAAAAGCCCAGCGUUGUUAAAUACCUCCGCCCUGACACAGGCGUUCCCCCAGCCACGGAUGCGCCAGAUAUCAUUCGGAUGACAGACUAUGACUGCACUCUUCGCUGGAAGCCGUCCGUUCCGAAAGGUCCUCGAAUACCUGUAACGUAUCGUGUGGAGAUGUGUGACCACCCUGGAGGUGCAUGGAAGCCCUAUGCAUCCGGCAUUAAAGAUACUACCACUGAUGUGAAGGGACUGCGGCCUGGUCAGGAUUAUCAGUUCCGUGUCCUUGUAGAAAGCAAGCAUGGCCUUAGCGAACCUUCGGUACCGGUUACUGCUCACAGGAGCAAGCUAGUAGAAAAGGAAGAUCGGCCCGAGAAAGAGUUCAUACCAAAAGAUAUUGACCUCGGUCAUGGACUAGAUAAGGAAGGAGUUGCACCUUAUUUUGUCCGCAAAGAGGAGGAAGUCAUGUUCGGCGUUAAAGGACGUCCGGUUAGUAUUGAGUUCUGGGUGUACGGACUUCCCCAUCCCCAGUGCACAUGGUUCUUCAAGGAGCAGAAAAUUGAGUCUGGUGGACGUUACGAGAAGCUCCAGGAUCGUAACGGUCAAGUAUUGCUAUGCAUCAAUCGUAUGCAAGAAGAUUGCGAAGGAGUUUAUACCUGUAAAGCUCUGAAUGAACAUGGCGAGGCGACGAAAUCAAUCCAGGUCAAGCUUGCGGAAGAGCCGCAGUUCACCAAACGGCUGGAGUAUACUACCGUUUUGUUGCGCAAGAGUGGCGUAUUGAGCUGCCGCUGCAUAGGCAAGCCAUACCCACAUAUCAGAUGGUAUAAGGAUUGGCAGCCGAUUGCUACAUCGGGUCGUAUUCAGAUCAGUUGGGAAGAACCUGAUCUGUGCACGAUGAAACUCGAUGAUUCGAUCAUGCGUGAUGCCGGCCUUUAUUCAUGUAAGGCGACUAAUAUCGCCGGCGACGCUACUUGCUCGGCAACGGUGAUCAUUGAAGAGGAGGAAGAACUCUAUGAUCUGUCGACGUAUAAGGCUCCUCGGGUCGUGCGUUCUAAGACGAAGCCGCUCAGCGAUUACUACGACCUUGGAGAUGAACUUGGACGCGGAACGCAAGGAAUCACUUAUCAUGCCGUUGCGCGUGCCACGGGUAACUCAUACGCUGCUAAAGUGAUGAAACAUACGGAUCCGCAGUUUAGAACGUGGAUGAAGAACGAAAUGGAUAUGAUGAACCAGCUUGCACACCCCAAAUUGUGCCGUAUGUGGGACGUGUUUGAGUCGCAGGACUCGAUGACACUGAUCAUGGAUCUCUGCGGAGGAGGUGAGCUGCUUAGCAAUAUCAUCCACCGAGGAGGUGUGACAGAGGGCCAAAUCGCCAAUUUCAUCCGCCAGACCCUGCAAGGUUUGGAUUACAUGCACCAGCGAGGUAUCGCGCAUCUUGGCCUCACCCUUGGUGAUCUUCUUGUCGCUCGUGUCAAUGCUGAUGACAUCAAGAUUAGCGACUUUAGUUUGGCUACACGCAUUCAUAACGACAGGAACUUCAUCCAGGAAUACGGACAUCCAGAGUACGUAGCCCCAGAAUUGGCCAAAAAGGAGCCAGCCACCCUAGCAUCGGACAUGUGGAGCGUCGGUGUUAUCACUUACAUUUUACUCAGCGGUGUCUCACCUUUUCUAGGAGAGCAUGAUCGUGAAACACUGUCUAAUAUCAAGGACGGGAAGAUGAAUUUCCUGCCCGAAGGAUUUGAUGGCGUAUCCGAUGACGCACGCGAUUUCGUUGCUAAACUUAUGGUGUUCGAGCCCGAUGGGCGUUUGAACGUAAAGCAGGCUCUCAACCAUCCUUGGUUGAAGAUGGCUGAUCUGCCAGACCGGGGCCCGAAACUUUCUAAUCUCGAACGCCUCCUGGAUUACCAGGAAAAAUGGAGGAAAUGGUACGCUAAUGCUAACUGUCGCACCUGCUUCCGUAGGCGUACACUCGAAUCAUGCUUCUAUGACCCAAGCAAGAUGAUCUACCCCCCAGGCGAACCUUCUAUGUUCCCUGAGACUCCGGCGCGCAAACAACACGUCGUACCCUCGUUCGACAACGACCGCAAGAAACGAGGCUACGAUACCGAAAACUUCAAAAACGAAUCGAAUUACGCCCAAGGACCGGACACCUAUUUGCUACAGCUGCGUGAUACAGACUUCCCAUUGCGUUUGCGUCAAUACAUGAAGGUUGGUGUGGCCCGAAGCCCCAGCCUCGCCGAAAGCUUACGUGGACAACACUGGGGAGGAUCAGACAUCUUUGCUCGUGGUCAGGAGCGUGAGCAUAUCUAUCCUCAAGUUGUGAUUCGCGAAAGGCGAAAGUUCUACGAUAUGAUGGAUGAGGAGAUCGACGACGAAAAGAAAGGCGGAGACGAUCACAAAUCAAUCAUGCUCCGUCUCAACAAGGAGGUCGGUGCUGUUGGUUACAUUAAGAACGAAACUGACGCUGUUCGCAAUAAUGCGUGGCGUUUCCGUGGGGUAACCCGGGAACAGGCUAUAGGCACUCUACCGUUUUUCCGCGAAAAAAUUGACGAUGCCGUGAUUAUGGAUAAUAACAAUGUGAGCUUCCAUGCGGUUGCUGUCGGAAUCCCAGCUCCUCAGUUCACCUGGUUCCGUAACGAUUGUCCACUAAUACCCACGUCUCGUAUCAAGAUUGAUACUAAUGAAGCUGCUGGCAUUUCGACGUUAACCCUGGCACCAGGUAUGGCCUAUGACGCGGGCGUGUUCAAAUGCGUUGCACGGAAUGCCUCGGGCACUGCUGUAUGCCGAGCCCGUCUUCGAAUAGGAGAUAUCCCUGGAAGACCGGCUGCACCCAGGGUGGUUCAAGCCACAGCGAGACAAAUGUAUAUCGAGUGGAACGCUCCUCGUCAGGAAAAUAAUGCUCGCACGUUAUACUUUACUCUUGAGUACAAGCUGGCAACGGCCGCAGAAUGGACCAAAAUCCCAGAAAAGAUCACCAAUGAGUUCUACAUCCUUGAGGAUCUUAUUCCUGCCACGAAGUACGAGUUCCGAGUAAUAGCGACAAAUUUGUUUGGUAACUCCGUCACGUCGGAUGCCUCAAAGUCUGUGGCCACCGAAGCGGCAGAUAGCACUAACAAAAUCAAGCUUAGCCCAACCCACAGCUACCAGCAGGUACAAACCACCGAUAUCGCCGUCGGAUCAGCUCCCGUUCAUGACUAUUCUCGCGAGCAGAAUCCGAUCGAACUGAAAACCUCGGAUAUCAAGAACGAUUACAACUUUUCAGCUGAACUGUGCUCCGGUCGGUUUUCAGUUGUCAUGUCGGGUACGGUGAAGGCCAACAAUCGCUUGAUCGCAGUAAAAGCCGUCAAGAAUGGCAGGCACGAAUAUGAUAUGUUGAAAGGACUUGUACAUAGAAACAUUGUCUACCUAGAAGACGCCUACCAGGCCGGGGAUGUAACCAUGCUGGUCAUGGAGCGCCUGUCAAUGAACAUUUUGGCUUUCCUAACGCUACGGAACACCUAUAGUGAAGACCAGGUAUCGCGAAUAAUGAAACAGGUCUUCGACGCUCUUGAGUAUCUUCACUUCAAGGGGCUUGUCUAUUGCAACGUUGAACCUGACUCAGUUUGUGUGACCGACGGCCAGUCAUGUAUAGUCAAACUGGUUGACUUUGGAUCAACCCACGCUGUGCCCAAAGAAGGUGCCCGUAUCGUUGUGGACUGCGAACCUGAAUAUAUGGCGCCGGAAGUGGUGCACGGUGAACUGGUGACGUAUGCUGCAGAUGUGUGGAGCGCCGGUGUCCUUAUGUACAUCCUUCUGUCCGGCCUUUCGCCGUUCCUAGGACAAACAGAAGCUGAAACACGUGAAAAUGUCACAAUGGUACGCUUCCACUUUGAGCAUAUUUACCACGAAUGCUCGUCUGAAGCGACGAAGUUCCUUAUCCAGGUCUUCAAGAAGUGUCCCAUGAAACGUGCCACGAUCGAGGAAUGUUACGAGAAUCGCUGGAUGCUUCCUUCGGAAUAUAUGUUGCGUAAGAGGGAGGCGUGCGUAUUCAAGUCGGAAAAGUUAACGAAGUUCGCUCAAAGUUAUGAGAGAGCCAAACGCAAUCGGGACAACGCCUGUCAAAUGCUCAGUAGCUUUGGACUCAACAGGAUCACGAGCCCCGAAGCUUAGAACGACUAAUGCGAAAAAAAAAAAAAAAAAAAACAC